AUGAAUGYUCCUGAAGGAGGUGACCAACAAUGUGCUACURGUAYUGAUAAUCCGAUGGUGGGGAACGCUUGCCCCGUUUUAUGGCCCAGUGUUCUAUAUUACUCGAAUAAGUCAGGCAAGGCUCAAUCAAUUGCCUACUGGCCAGAUCGACUUCUCCACCAGCUUGGUUAUGAUAGCUUGGAGCCACAACCAAGGCAUGUUAAGGCUCCACCUCCUGGUCAUGUGGCGGAACAAGUUGAGGAGAUCCCUCAUAGCACCCGUGGUCGAGUGGUCAGGGGUUGGAAUGCUGGUGCAAAAUGGGGAAACUCCUGUAAGGGUAAUGGAGAUAUUGUAGAUACUAGCCAUACUUACACUAUGGCUUAUUCGAAAUCUCCUUAUUACCUUGGUUCGCAAGACAACCUCGGCUUGGUCAUGACCCCUAUCAUCUUGAAAGGGGAUAACUAUGAUGAAUGGGCCAAAGCUGUGAAAAACGCAUUCCGAGCAAAAAAGAAAUUAGCUUUCCUUGAAGGAAAUGUGACGAAACCUGGUGAUGAUGCCGGCGAAUUGGAAGAUUGGUAUAGUGUGAAUUCCAUGUUGGUAGUAUGGAUAUUCAAUACCAUAGAACCGGGGCUUCAGUCUACGAUCUCCUAUAUGCAGACAACAAAGGAACUGUGGGAAGAUCUUCGGGAACGGUUCGCCAUCGGGAAUGAUCUGCGGAUUCACCAUUUGAAGAGCGACUUGGCCAAUUGCAAACAAGAAGGUAUGACUGUAUCUGCAUAUUAUGGGAAGAUGAAGACCAUGUGGGAGGAGUUGGCUGGGUAUGUGAAGAAACCACAAUGCACGUGUGGUGGAUGCAAGUGUGGAGCGACGAYCGAGCUGACGUUGGAGCGGGAAAAGGAGAAAAUUCAUCAAUUCCUCAUGGGUCUUGACAAUGCAGUUUAUGAAGAACGACACAAAACGGUGGCUCGAGCACGUGAAAAACGAGCAAAGGCUGAAGGAUUUGCUGUGCAAACUAGAAAUAGAACCAAAUCUCAGAACAAGGAUGAGAAGACAUGCUCUCACUAUGGGAAAACAGGACAUGAGGUACUUGAAUGCUUCCAGCUUGUAGGCUACUCAGAUUGGUGGUUUGCAAGCAAAGGAGGUCACUUUGGUGGUCGUGGAGGACGAGGAGGUCGAGGCACGGGAACCAGAAGAGGUCGAGGAGGAUCUAGUUCAGUGGCGGCCAAUGUUGUCCAAACACCAGGAAAUUGCGGCACCAACACCACUACUGCGGCUGUACGGACCAGCGAUAAAGCUGGUUUUCCCGGACUUAAUGAUGAACAAUGGGCAACAUUAAUGGUGAUGAUCAAUUCACACAAGGAAUCCACUUCAGAAAAAUUGACGGGUAAGAAAAUGUGGUUGAUUGAUUCAGUGUGUUCUCAUAAUAUGACCGGGAAUUUGGAGCUAUUGAAGAAUGUGCAUGAAAUCGCUCCUUGCGCUGUUGGACUGCCUGAUGGAAAGAAUAUGAUGGCGUUGCAAGAAGGAGAAGUGCAGCUUGGGAAAGGAUUGAACUUAAAACAUGUUUUAUAUGUUCCCAACUUGAAUUGCAAUUUGACAUCUAUGUCUCAAUUUAUUGAUGAAUUAAAAUGUACAGUCAUGUUUUCUGACAAUUUAUGUGUAAUGCAGGACCCCACUUCGAGGACAGUGAUUGGUGUGGGUGAGAAGCGUGAUAGGGUCUAUCUUUGGCGCUGUGUGGCAAGGACAAGUGCAUGCAGGUUGGCAAAGGUGGACUCAUAUGAGCUGUGGCAAAGGCGAAUGGGACAUCCCUCAAAACAAGUUGUUAGUUUACUUCCUACUAUUAAAAAUAAAUUUGCUAGUCAAGAAACAUCCAGUGAGUUGUGUGAUAUUUGUUUAAGAGCUAAACAAACUCGUGAUGUGUUUCCUCUAAGUUGUAAUAAAGCUUUUGCACCUUUUGCCUUAAUUCACUGUGAUGUUUGGGGACCAUAUCGUACUCCUACUUCAUGUGGUGCUAUAUAUUUCCUAACCGUCGUUGAUGAUUAYUCACGGGCAGUGUGGAUUUAUUUAAUGGCAGAAAAGAGUGAAGUUGGUGCUAAUAUUGUGAAAUUUUGUGCCAUGGUAAUGACCCAAUUCAACAGUAAGGUUAAGGUGGGGCGUGACAAAGAGAAGUUUGGUUCACGAAGUCGAAGGUGCAUAUUUGUUGGGUACCCUUUCGGUAAAAAAGGAUGGAGACUCUAUGACUUAGAUACAAAUGGGUUCUUUGUAUCUCGUGAUGUUGUAUUUUCUGAACAUAUAUUUCCUUAUAAAGCUGUUGUUUCUGAAUCCCUUAACCCCGGUGUGACCGAGCAACCGUCUGUUUGUAAUAAUGAUGCACAAUUCUUUGAUGACCAUGAGGCUAACAGUGCAGAAAAUUCGAAUGAUGAAUCAACUCCUGAAGAAGAUGCGACUCCGGAAAGACAGUUUUUAGCAGCUAUAACUGCAGGGAAAUAUCCCACAUAUUUUUCAGAAGCAAUCCAUGAGUCACAUUGGAGACAAGCCAUGAAGGAAGAAAUUGAAGCUCUCGAGCGCAAUGGGACCUAG